AUGAAGAAAGAAAGAUACAGAAAAAGAGCAGCUUCCACGUCACACGGUUCCAUAUCGGUGAUAGGGAAGCGGAGGAUGAUGGAGGACGCCGUGAAGAUAGUACCGGGAUUUAUGGGAAGCUAUGACUUUUUCGCAGUCUAUGAUGGUCACGGCGGAGCUACGGUGGCCAACGCUUGCCGCGAGAGGAUGCACUUGGUGGUGGCGGAGCAAGUAAUGAAGGAGGGAGCAGGUCAGAAGAGAGGAUUGGUGGAUUGGCGUGAAGUGAUGUGCUCGUCCUUCAUGAGAAUGGAUCGUGAAGUCGUCGGAGAAGAUGGCACGGUUGGUUCCACGGCGGUGGUGGUAGUUGUCAGCAGUGACCACCUGCUUGUCGCCAAUUGUGGAGAUUCUAGAGCUGUACUUUGUCGUGGAGGAGUCGCCUUCCCACUUUCAAAGGAUCAUAAGCCAAAUCGACCAGAUGAAAGAGAGAGGGUGGAAAAAGCCGGAGGAACAGUGAUAAGUUGGAACGGGGAUCGUCUUGGAAUACUCGCUACUUCAAGAUCCAUAGGCGAUCAUUGUAUGAAGCCAUAUGUGGUAUCAGAGCCAGAAGUAAAGGUAUAUGAAAGAACAGAGAGGGAUGAGUUUAUGGUAAUAGCGAGCGAUGGGCUAUGGGAUGUGAUAUCCAACAAGUUGGCUUGCGAGGUGGUGAGGAGGAUUUUCAAGAUGGGGUUCGUUAAAAAUGGGGCAGCAGAAGCUGCAGCAUUAUUAGCAGAAUUGGCUAUGGCUCGAGGAAGCAGGGACAAUAUUAGCGUUAUUGUAGUCCGGCUUAAGUAGCUUAAAGUUAUAUAUAUUGA